GCCCUCUGAUUAUCAAAUUAAAAAAUCCUUUUUUGAAAUGCUUAAAUUUCACACAUUCCUCCUUUCUUCUUCUUCUUCUCUUCUUUAAGAUACCCUUAUAUUUAUACAUAUACUUUAUCUAUCUUAUAUAUAUUCUCAUAUAUUAAGACAAAACACUUAUCAAGUAGAUACGAAAAAAUAUGACUUCCGAUUUGAAUCAACAAUUAGGUAAUCUUAGUGUCCAAGAUGGUCCAUCAUCCCAGGGUGGGAAUGGAAGAUCUCAGUACGUUCCUCCUCACUUACGCAACGGUGGUUCUGAAGAUGCUGGUGCCGAUACUGGUUACGGUGGAGGUUAUCGUCGUUCCAACAAUGGAUUUGGUGGUAACAAUAAUAAUUACAAUAAUAAUAAUAGAAGAGGUCCAUCCAAUGGCUUUGGUGGUAGUUACAAUAAUGGUGGCUACUCUGGUCGUGGUGGUUCUUCAAGAGGUGGAGCCCGUGGUGGUUCCUUCUCCAGAGGUGGUGGUUUUGGUGGUUCAAGAUACCAAAGACCAGGUAUUGGUAGAUGGGUUGAUGGUAAACAUGAACCUGCUGCUAAAAGUGAAAGUUUAGAAUUAGAAUUAUUCGGUACUCCUGAAGAUGUUGGUGCUCAAUCUUCUGGGAUUAAUUUCGAUAAUUAUGAUGAAAUUCCAGUUGAAGCUAGUGGUGAAGGAGUUCCAGAACCAAUUUCUGCUUUUACUGCUCCUCCUUUAGAUGCUUUAUUAGUGGAAAAUAUUACUUUAUCAAGAUUCACUAAACCAACUCCAGUUCAAAAAUAUUCCGUUCCAAUCGUGGCUGGUGGUAGAGAUUUAAUGGCUUGUGCUCAAACUGGUUCCGGUAAAACUGGUGGGUUCUUAUUCCCAGUCUUAUCUGAAUCUUAUAUGAAUGGUCCUGCUCCAAUUCCAGAAUCUUCAGGUGCUUUCUCAUCAAAUAAAGCUUAUCCAACUAUUUUAGUUAUGGCUCCAACUAGAGAAUUAGUUUCUCAAAUUUAUGAUGAAGCAAGAAAAUUCAGUUAUAGAUCUUGGGUUAAACCAUGUGUUUGUUAUGGUGGGGCUGAUAUUGGUCAACAAAUUAGAAACUUGGAUAAAGGUUGUGAUUUAUUAGUUGCAACUCCAGGUCGUCUUAAGGAUUUAUUAGAAAGAGGUAGAGUUUCAUUAGCCAAUAUUAAAUAUCUUGUUUUGGAUGAAGCCGAUAGAAUGUUAGAUAUGGGUUUUGAACCUCAAAUCAGACAAAUUGUUCAAGAUUGUGAUAUGCCAGGUGUUAAUGAUAGACAAACUUUAAUGUUUUCUGCUACUUUCCCAAGAGAUAUUCAAAUGUUAGCAAGAGAUUUCCUUAAAGAUUAUAUUUUCUUAUCAGUUGGUAGAGUUGGUUCUACUUCCGAAAAUAUUACUCAAAAAAUCUUAUAUGUUGAAGAUGAAGAAAAAAAAUCAGUAUUAUUAGAUUUAUUAACUGCUGGUGAUCAUGGUUUAACCAUUAUUUUCACUGAAACUAAAAGAAUGGCUGAUAAUUUAGCUGAUUUCUUAUAUGAUCAAGGUUUCCCUGCCACUGCCAUUCAUGGUGAUAGAUCUCAAUAUGAAAGAGAAAAAGCUUUAGCUGCUUUUAAAAGUGGUACUGCUCCAAUCUUAGUCGCUACUGCUGUCGCUGCUAGAGGGUUAGAUAUUCCAAAUGUCGCCCAUGUUAUUAAUUUCGAUUUACCAAGUGAUAUCGAUGAUUAUGUUCAUAGAAUUGGUCGUACUGGUCGUGCUGGUAAUGUUGGUAUUGCCACUGCUUUCUUUAACAGAAACAAUAAAAAUAUCGUUAAAGGUUUAGUUGAUUUAUUAUCUGAAGCUAAUCAAGAAGUUCCAGAUUUCUUAACUAAAAUCGCCAGAGAAGGUUCAUUUGGUAAAAUGGGUCCAUCAUCUCGUGGUCGUGGUGGAUCUUCAAGAGGUCCAUCUAGAGAUUUCAGAAGACAAGGUUCUUCCUCAUCAUCUGGUGGUUGGGGAUCAUCUCAAGGUGGUUCUUCUGCUGCUGGUGGUUGGGGUUCAUCCACUCAAGGUGGUUACUCUGCUGGUGGAAGCACUGGUGGUUAUAACAGUGGUGCUCCAGCUCAACGUGGUAACUAUAGUUCAUAUGAUAGUUCUUCAUAUGGUAAUCCUACCAGUAACAACUCUUGGUGGUAAGCACCAGAGAUUGUUUAUUUAGUUGAUGGGAUGACACACACUUGAAAAUUGCAUUAUAUUUUUAUAUUACUAUUAUUAUUUUUUUAUUAUUAUUAUUAUCAUUUUUUUAUUUAUUUUUGUUGCUACUACUAUUUUUAUUUAAAACUCCAUGUCUGGGUCUUAUAAAACAUCAAUCAAAGAAAAGGGAAAAAG